UCCCUCACAAUAUUUAUAAAUAGUGAGACAUUUCUUAAAGCAAAUCCAUGACAAAAUGUGUUGGCCGUUCACUUGAAUUGAUGGCCAAAGUCGGCAUCUUUUUGAGUUCUUUCUCCCCCACUUCAAUAGGACAGCCGAAAUAUGAAAGGGCAGGCCCUCUCUCUCUUUGAAAAUAUCUUGUUUCUGUUUUAUAAACCCUUAUCGUCCUCCCCCUUAUUUUCAAUUUUUCGUAUUGUUUUUAUAAGAAUAAAGCCAUACAAUUCAAAAUUAUACAAAGAAAUAGUAGCGGAAAAUCCCUUUUAUUAUAAUUGUUGACAGUCGUCGGGCACUUUAAAAAGAUUUUUCCUUUUAAUGUUCCGCAAUAAAUGACAGCUGCAAAGAAGACGUGUUGAUCUUCCAAACGCCUAAAAUUGAGCGGGGCGUGUUCGCGCAUGGUGGUAAAGUAAAUAAAUAAUUUAAAUAAAUUUAUGGCGACACCUUUUUUUAUUUUUAUUUAUUUACUCGUGGAUUCUCUUUUAUUUUUAUAGUUCAUUAGUUUUCAGAAUAUAAUUUUUAAGGGGAAGAUAAUCUAAUUACAUUAUGCAGAUCGGAUAUUCCCGUGACUCUUGAACUAAAGAUAAAUCCAUCCAAGGAUCCCCCUUCUACCUUUUUUGGAUUAUUUUUAUCUUUAAAAUUUUUGAAUUGUAGACAGAAAUUUAAAAUAAGGAAUCCACCCAUCUUUUCUGAAAAUUAAUUAUCUGUAACUCAUGCUUGCUUGCAUGAACCUUUUUUAAUUCCUGCGUGUGUCCUUUCUUUUGUGAUGAUUUUAAUUAGAAGGAUUGUAGUAAUGAGAACAAACCACUCAGGGUUUAAGGCGGAGAAAUAGGCGGAGAUGGAAUAUUUUUUUCAUUAAAAGAAAAGAAAUGUGAAUGUAGUAUAGGAAGAAGAAAAUAUUAAACUGACAGCCGAGAGACUGAAAUGCAUUUAAAUAGCCCCAAAAAAAUUUAAGUUGUCCAAAUCUCAAAUGACUAAUUACCAGCCUCUAAUACCCUCAGAACAAACAAUGGCCCCACAACAAAUGCCCAUUUUUGCAACUCCACCCACCAUUUCAAAUACUCACCAAAAUUCAUUUUACGGGUUUGUUAACUCUGAUGCUUCUCAAAUUCUACCACAACACCAAUUAAUAUAUUCACAUCCUCAACAACAACAACAAAUUCCUUCACGUCAGCCUAUUUCAAUGCUUCCAAAUUUUCAAUGUUCAAGAUCUCAAACAGAAGCUCAUUUUUCAUUGAUUUCUGAUUCUAAGCCAAUGGAGCUGUUCGUCCCCGGCACAUCUACGAUUAGCGAUGGAAUUGUUGAUUGGGAAGUUUCUAUAAACAAAACAAAAUUUUCGGAUGAAGAAAAACACACAAAAGUUCCAGGACAACGCUAUAAACGAAAAAGGACAUUAAAUGGUAGUGAGGAAGAUGAACCAAAUUCUCGUCGAAAGCGAUACGAAGGAUUGAUUUCUAAUGAAGAAGCUUUAUUGUUAAAUGGAUUUAGAACAAGUUCCCCCGAAGAUACAGAAAGAUCACCAGUACCACAUACUGAAUUAGCUACCCAAGGAUGCCAUUCUCAAAUUAACAACUGCAAUAGCCUACCAAUAAACUAUUUUGAACAAACAAAGGAACAAAAUGAAGAGGAGAAUGAUGAUGAUCGGUCAGCGACAGUAACGGGAGGCGAUGAACCAACAAUCUUCCCUUGGAUGACCCGAGUGCAUUCUUCAAGCAGUGAGUUUUGA